UGUUCAUCCAGCAUACUCACCAGCUAAACAUUUUCAUUUCCUUAAAGUCAAUUUUAUUUAAAAUAGUGUCAUAUUUAUUUGAUAAAAAUAUUGGCAUAAUGCUGCAACAAUGUUUUCAGGAAUUCAAACAAAUAACUGCUGGAAUUAUAAUUUGGCUCCUAGUAUUUCCUUUUGUGGCGUUUAGUGUAAUAUUUUUAGCGUGCUGGAAAAGUUUUGUCUUGCUCUACAUAAAACUCAAAUACAAAGAUGGGACACGUUUGUUUGAUUCCUUGGGUUUUAUGGAUGCCACGUUUGUCACAAAUGACAAUGACUUUGUUUGUAUGAUAGCCUAUGCCUUUGUCAGUGAUGAGCUAAUCAACCUGGUCAAACUUCGGGCUCACUUUGACGACACAUUCAUUAAGGAUGGAAAGGACUCUAAGUUUCCAGUUUUCCACUCCACCUUUGCUACUGUGCUGGGCUACAAGUUCAGGAUGCGAGUGCCACUUGACCUAAAUCGUCACAUUCGAGAGGAAGAAUACGAUGAGGACACUGGUACAGAAACUGAAAACGAAGCCAUUAAUCGGAUCGCAAACGACAAGUCCAAUUUACAAGGCCCAGUUCCAAAAUGGGAAAUUGUGCUGCUUCACCACACUCAGAAGGGGAGGAGCACAAUGAUCUUAAAAAUGAGCCACGGCCUUGUCGACGCGUACUCUGUUCGAAAUCUUGUAGGCAUCCUCACCAACAACAAACCCACGUACCGGAUUCCAGACUCUGCAAAGCCACGUGGACUAUUGUACAAGACAAAAAUUUUCGCCAAACUCCCCGUCCUCGUUUGGAAUUACAUGAAGCAUAUGAAAACAUUAAAUAUGAAUAUUCACCCAUAUCACCCGGUCGAAGACAAGCGAUCCGUACACCCUCCAUUGAAACCAGUAUGGUCCAAAACUACGUUGGACUUUAGGAAACUGAGGCAAAUAUGGAAACAAACUGGGUGCAGAAUUUCUCCAAUUCUGAUGUCCCUCCAUGCGAGCACGAUAAGGAAGACGUUGAUCAAAUUGGGAAAAUGGGAUGGCGACUAUGCUCGAAGUGAUGGUCCACUUUCUUGCCCAUUACCUGCACCCAAUCACCCCGCAGACCAGGGGAAUUUCUGCACCCAUGUAUCUCUGUGCACCAUUGGUAUUCCAUUGAGAGAAAGUAGCCGACUAAAACAAUUGCAGACGAUUCAUGAUCGAGUAGAGGAUUUUGAAAAGUCGGAGUUUUCAUCAGCUAUAAUGUUAAUGAAAAACAUGUUUCUGGAUUUCUUCAUCCCAAAUUUUCUUGUUGAUAAGGUUAAAAUUGACGAAAAUGCAUAUGCAACUACAUUUAAUCCCUUCAUAUUUUCACCGUUGGAGUACAAUAUUCUCGGAGCUAGGGUGACAAACCUGUAUUUCUUGGUUCACGUAGAGGGAAACAUGGGUUACAGAGGAGCCAUUUUGACCCCUCUCACUCGAGGCGACCAAGUGGACAUAAGUGUCUUUCUGUACGAUGAGGCAUUCAGAAGUAUGGAUGAUGCUGAUUUAUACACUAAAAUUCUACAUGAGGAGUUGGAGCUCUUGGUCAAAGAAUUGGAAAAAACUCAUCGAAAUGGAUCUAUCAAAGAAAAGAAAGUUCAGUUCCUAGAAUCAAAUAACGGGAAAAGUUGAUUUCAUUAGGUAUUUGGUGGAUAUUCAGUGACAUUCAUAAUUUGAUAAGGUGAUGGCUAAUCUUUCUGUAUGUAAUAAAUAAGUUGCGUAUACCUACAGUGUUUAUAUGUAGUAUACUAUGUUAAUUGGAUUUACAACUCGAUCUGAUACAGUACAGUAUGAAUCAUCAAAUAAACUAAUUCGCCGGUAUGAAUUAAAAAAAAAUGAGUAAUAACACGAAUACAAUUUAUAAAUUAAGAUUUAUUUUUAACAUAUAGUUUUACAACAUGUAAAAUGUAAGAAAGAUAGAAUGCUUCCAGUAUACAUACACGUAGUGGAAAUGAUAACAUGACAAUCAAACAA